AUGGCUCAUAAAAACAUUGUCCUUGCCUUCUACCUCGCUUUCUUCCUGACUGGCCUCCCUUGUAAUAUCCUGGCCUGUUACGCGUUCCUGAGGAAAGUGCGCCAGAAGGCAGUCCCCAUAGACAUCAUCUUGCUCAACCUGACCAUCUCUGACCUUUUCCUUUUGCUCUUUCUGCCCUUCAAAAUGGUGGAAGCUGCCUUCGACAACACCUGGCCUCUUCCUGCCUUCCUUUGCCCCCUGGCCAAUUUCUUUUUCUACAGCAGCAUCUACCUCAGCACCCUCUUCCUCAUGGGGGUCAGCGUAGAACGCUACCUGUGCAUUGCUCACCCUGUCAAGCACAAGCUAAACCACAGGCCAACCUAUGCCAAAGUGGCCAGCCUCUUCUUCUGGUUGCUGGCCUGUUCCCACUGUGCCAGCAUCGUCUACGUUGUAGAAUACAGUGAUCGGACCCAGAGGAAACUUCAGGACAACUCCACGUGUUAUGUACAUUUCUCCGACCGCCAGCUUGCCAUCCUCCUCCCUUUCCGGCUAGAACUAUGCCUUGUUCUCUUCUGCCUCCCUUUCAUCAUCACUGCUUUCUGCUAUAUCAACAUUAUCCGCAUCGUGACUUCCAUGCCCAACAUCCAUCCCCAUAAGAAGCAACGGGCCGUAGGCCUGGCUGUGGCCACUACACUUAUUUUUGCCAUUGUCUUUGCUCCCUAUAAUAUCUCUCACAUUGUGGGCUUUUUUCAGAAUGAAAGCCCUUCCUGGAGAGUGGAGACUUUCUUCCUCGCUUCCCUCAACACCACCUUAGAUCCCAUCAUCUUCUUCUUAUCUUCUUCCACCAUCCGAAAAACCUUUGCCAACUUCUGGUUUGGUCUGUGCCACAAUCUCCAGGUUGUUCUGUUACGAUGCUCUUCGCCUUGCUGCAGGGUCCCUGAAGACAAUGAGGAAGAAGCAGGAGCUGGCAGAUCCAUUCCGGCUUGCCUCUCCACUAUUUUUACCACCCAGCAAAGAUCUGAAACAUCAGAGUAG